UCAAAGAAAUACGCCAGGAAACACAUGGCAAGCAAAGGUUGGAUUUGAGGCAAAAGAAAUAUCCACUUGGGUGUUGACUGGUGCAUCCUUGUGCCAAAAAACAGACACAAAAGGAAUAGCUUCACAUGGGUUUUUAGCCUUGGUUUUUCCUUGCCUCCUGAAGACUUUCAACUCUUUCUUGGGCUUAUAAAUAGCUUAGACAGAUUGCCAACAAACGAUAUCUCCUCAAAUCAACAUUCUUCAUGUGCUCUCUCUCCCUAUAGCUUUCUCGUUCUGUUUUGCUUUGCUUUCCAUUGCUGCUCUAUCUGCCUUCUUUAGUCUAUCUGUUUGUUUUUUUAUCCACUGCAAGCCUCCUUUUUGUUUGUUUUUUUUUAGGGUCGUUUCUGUUAAGAUCUAUCAAAGUAGUUUUGUUCGUUGGUUGACAAAGAAAGCUUUUAAGAAAAACAAAACAAAAAAAAGUUUUACUUUUUUCUGGUAUGGAAAACAAAAGGCAAGUGAGUGGUUCUUCUUCUUCUUCUUCUUCUUCAUCAUCAUCAUCUGUUUCUUUGGAUCAUCUCUUUGGUCCCAAGGACUCUUCUUCUUCUUCUUCAUCCAAAAGUGGGAUUUUUGACACCAUUUUCCCUCCUCCACCAACGGUGCUAGGGAGGGACUCCAGUCACUCUGGAAUGAUGGGGUCAUGGAAUAAUCAGGGUUUGCCCCAUCAUGGCAAAUAUGGAAAUCCAGUGGAACCUUGCAAUCUCAGCUCAUCUAUCUACUAUGGAGGCCAAGAAAAUUAUUCUCCAAGGAAGAAGACCACUGAGUCUCCCCAUUAUUUCAAGAAGGAUGGGAGAGAUGAUGAUCCCAAUGGAAACAAUUCUGGUGGUGCUUCAAGAGGGAAUUGGUGGCAGGGCUCACUUUAUUACUAACAUCUUAAUCCAAAAUAAUGCAAACUUUCCAUCCCAAUACUUUAAGGAACACUAGCAGCAUAAUUAAUCGUAUUAUUACUAUGGAAAUAAGC